AUGAGACGUAUCACUCGCAAUUUAGCCAACUUGUACGACUUCCAUCUUUGUAAAUACGAUCCUGCGACUGGGCAGAUUGAGCACUUCACAAAACCGCAGCCAGAACCCGAAUCCGUUGUUAGACUUCCCUACAAUAAUGUCGUUAGAUACCUCCGGAUUAGACACGGAUUAAAGUUUAUAAUAAGCAAGGAGGAUCUUAGUGUUUUCGAUGUCAUUGUGAGUUUUUAUCACUGAUUAGGCUCGGGACUUCUAAAUCUCUCCGCAAAGAUCCAUACGAACUCUGCAAAUUUAGUCCAAAGUUAAAAGUUGACAAAAAAGGAGGAGGCGGCAGAGAAAGGCAGAAAUUCUUACAAAAAGAAAAAUUGCGCAAUGUUAUGUCAGAUUGCGCAACUUUUAACUUUGUACUAAAUUUGCAGGGUUCGGAUGGACUCUUGCAGAGAGAUUUAGAAGUCCCGAGCCAUAUAUAUACGUAUAUUUAUUGUAGGAUCUAAUGAAAUCUUAUAUGACACUGAAAGACUGCGAUUUCUCAGCUCUGGAGCAAAUUGUAAACGAAGAUCCAACUUUAAUUUCACUGAUUAAACGAGUCGCUGACCUCGCCUUGAUUCUUUCUCAUUCAUUUCCAGUAAUUUGGAUACUUUUUGUCAUAUUAUUUUAGGCGAUACCUUUCUUAAGAAAGAAUUCCAACGAAUCUGUCACCUUAAGUCAAAAGCAGGCCUCUAUUGUAUUGGCCAACGCUUUCUUUCUAACAUUUGAAGAGAGUCGGGAUAAGUAUGGAAGGUCUGAUUGCAUAAACAUGACGCGGUAUGUGAUUGGGAAAUAAUAUUUUACAUUACAAUUCAGAUGGUUCUCUUCAAAAACACGUAAUGCCAAACAAAAACUCCUUUGUAUUUUCGCCUACUUCAGAUAUGUUACGUCACAUGGUAUGUAAAUUUUUAUAAUUUAUUUUUAUUAUAGAAUUUUAGAUCUUCUUGGUACUGUCACAAUAUUAAGGCAAUCAUUACCGUCAUCACUUAACUUCAGCCUCUAUGAUGGACCAGUUUGUGAUAUUUUUGUGGACUCUACCACUAAAAUAGAAGAAGUAAAAGAUGCCGACCAGGCAGUCUUUGCCAACGCUAGGGUUGGUGGAGGGGUAAUGAGAAGUGGAUGUGUUCAGGUAUUAUUGGAAAAUGGUAGAUUAGUGGAUUUUCCAGGAAGAGAUCAGAUAUCUGAUCGCCCCUGAGGCUUUAAUAUCUUGUAUGGUUUGUGAGAGAAUGGAAAGUAAUGAAGCUGUAGUCAUCAUUGGGCCAGAAGAUUAUUCAACUUACACUGGAUAUGGGGAUUCCUUCAAAUGGCUUCCUCUGGAAAAAGAGGAAGAAAUGUUGAGGUAAGGGGAUAUAAAGUUGGUCACUUUACUCUAGAGAUCAACUAGGACAUUCAUGUACAACGUUGAUUGUAAUGGACGCUGUUAAUUAUUCCAACCGGGAUAAUCAAUUCGAGUUCAGAUUCCUCGACAGAGAACUUAGAAAGGUUCGUUUCUAAUACUCCGCGAAAAAACUUCACGUUUUCGUUGAAUCUUUCGCUGCAUUUCAGAAUUUCAACGCAUUAAACCAUUUUUGCUGCAUAGCUGUCCAAACUGGUGAAUUUCUUACUCUAGCGCCUUCCAAAAAACAAAAAAUUAUGUUGAUAUCAGGUGAUUUAGACAGCUAAUCAUCUAUAUUAACCUCGUUUUUUCAAAAAAGGCCCAUGAUGCCUCGGCGGUGCUAUGCUCUUUGACCCAAGGGAUGUAUGUGUCUUUAAUGAAAUCCUGGGACUUUUUUCGCGGAGUAUAUGUACGAGUAAUGUAAUCUUCUCAGGCAUUCAUCGCUUUUUCGAUUCGAGUCAAUGAUCAUAUCAAAGUGGCAAGCGGAAACUGGGGAUGUGGAGCUUUCAAUGGAAAUCAUCAAUUAAAAUGUAAGGAGAAUUUGUUUAAUGUAAUUGCUGUUUUAGUCAUCAUCCAGCUGAUCGCUGCCUCCGCAGCUGGUCGAACUCUUUCUUAUCACACAUUUGGUAACGAAAGGUUGGCCCAGGAAGUUCAGAAAUUUCAUAGUACUCUCAAGCAACAUCAAGUUACAGUCGGUAGGUUGAGACUUUAUCCAUAAAAUACUUGGUAGAUACCCUUUACGAGGCGUUGAUAUCAGCGGAUCCUGAUAUUGCGAAAGAUCCCUUUGAGUAUCUGAUAUCAAAAACUUGCACUUAA